CAUUAAAAAGAUCCGUUUUUACCGUCAGUAGUCACAGUGUGAUCGUCUGGAGGAAUGGACAGGACGAUUCUCUGAAGCUGAAAAGCUCUGUGUGUAGAUUUCUCACAGGAUACAGAUGAAUAUAGAUCACAGAUUUAUUGUGUUUCUGUCUGGAUUGAUGACGUCACUGGGUGUUCAGAAACGAAAGUAAAUCGUUUAAGCCAGAGAAAAUUAAAGAUCUCCUCCAGGACACAACUGUAUGAUGCGCAUCAGGGGGGAUUUAGAAGUGGCUAUACGCAAAGCCCACUGAUAAAGAAGUGGAUAUACGCCAUGUACCUGCCUAUACCCUCCACUACAACACUGUACACAACCACACCCGUGCAGAAAAAACAGGUUGAACAUCAAAUUGACCGGCAACCGUGGGAUUCUGCCAUACAAGAGGAAAAAUGGGGAGAAACCUGUCGCCUUGUGCCUUGUGCAGUUAUAGGCAUGCACAAUAUGAACCAUGCAGUUCUGCAGCCUUCAUCACUGUGUCCUGGUCUUCCUCAUCCUCACAUUCACCACUGCUCCUGUAUCAGCUCUUGAGGUUUGUCCUACACGAGGGAAGCUUCAUCAGUCAGUGACGCUCUCAUGUAAACAUCAGUGUUCUGGUUUAUUGAAAUGGGCCUUACUUAGUAAUCGAGAUGUUGUCCUGGCUGAGUGUGAUCGGACAUCAUGCAGGUCAAAGGAGGGAUUUAACAUCUCUCAUGAUCAGUACCUGAGAGGAGAUUCCUCUCUCACCAUCACUGCAGCUGAUUACAGUCAGAGGAACGUGUACGCAUGUGAAUGUGAAGACUCAGACUUCUCUUAUGUUCGCCUCAUCAUAGAGACUGUGUUCUCACCAGUUCAGAUGGAGUCUGGUGAAGAUCUGAAGCUGCAUGUGUCUGUACCAGAACCAGUGGAGGUGAUUUAUAAAAGCAGUGGUUCAGCUGAUGAAGUGAUCUGCAGUGUGAAUAAUCGCUCACUGCAGUGUAAAGAUAAAUACAGAGACAGAACAUCACUCACUUACCCUGAGCUCACACUGAGACACAUGGAGCCGAGGGAUAGUGGACGUUACACCAUCCGGGACACGAAGAAUGAGGAAGACAUUCAGAUAUACGCCGUCUCUGUGGAAGCUGUGUUCUCACCAGUUCAGAUGAAGUUUGGUGAAGAUCUGAAGCUGCAUGUGUCUGUACCAGAACCAGUGGAGGUGAUUUAUAAAAGCAGUGGUUCAGCUGAUGAAGUGAUCUGCAGGGUGAAUAAUCGCUCACUGCAGUGUAAAGAUAAAUACAGAGACAGAACAUCACUCACUUACCCUGAGCUCACACUGAGACACAUGGAGCCGAGGGAUAGUGGAAGUUACACCAUCCGGGACACGAAGAAUGAGGAAGACAUUCAGAUAUACGCCGUCUCUGUGGAAGCUGUGUUCUCACAGGUUCAGAUGAAGUUUGGUGAAGAUCUGAAGCUGCAUGUGUCUGUACCAGAACCAGUGGAGGUGAUUUAUAAAAGCAGUGGUUCAGCUGAUGAAGUGAUCUGCAGGGUGAAUAAUCUCUCACUGCAGUGUAAAGAUAAAUACAGAGACAGAACAUCACUCACUUACCCUGAGCUCACACUGAGACACAUGGAGCCGAGGGAUAGUGGAAGUUACACCAUCCGGGACACGAAGAAUGAGGAAGACAUUCAGAUAUACGCCGUCUCUGUGGAAGAUAAGCUUUUUCCUGCAUGGGGGAUUGUACUGAUAGUGAUACUGCUCUGCGGAGCUGCAGUGGGAAUAUACCUACUGUGGAGACACAGAAAGAGACAACAGUUGAACAGGCGACUGCAGCUAGUGGAUGAGGAUGUACAGCGGGCUGUAGGAGGGACAGAGGAGAACAUCAGAGGAGCGGAGGAGGCACUCAAACAGCUGGAGGAGCAGUACUCUGAAUAUUCAGCCAAGGUCAAAUUAUUCUGCAGUGAAAAGAGGAAACAGCUGUUUAAGAGGCGACUACAGCUAGUGGAUCAGCUUGUACAGCGGGCUGAAGGAGGGACAGAGAAGAACAUCAGAGAGGCGGAGGAGAAACUCAGUCAUCUGCAGGAACAGUACACUGAAUAUGCAAACAAGUUGGAGAGGCGAGAGCUAGUGGAUCAGCUUGUACAGCGGGCUGAAGGAGGGACAGAGGAGAUGAUCAGAGAAGCGGAGGCAGGUAAACAACUGGAGAAGGUCAAAUUAUUCUGCAGUGAAAAGAGGAAACAGCUGUUUAAGAGGCGACUGCAGCAAGUGGAUCAGCUUGUACAGCGGGCUGAAGGAGGGACAGAGAAGAACAUCAGAGAAGCGGAGGAGAAACUCAGUCAUCUGCAGGAGCAUUACAACAACACUGGAUAUUCAAACAAGGUCGAAUUAUUCUGCAGGGAAAAGAAGAAACAGCUGUUGAAGAGGCGACUGCAGCAAGUGGAUCAGCUUGUACAGCGGGCUGAAGGAGGGACAGAGAAGAACAUCAGAGAAGUGGAGAAGUCACUCAAUCAUCUGCAGGAGCAUUACAAGGACACUGAAUAUUCAGACAAGGUUGAAUUAUUCUGCAGGGAAAAGAAGAAACUGCCGAUUCUGUGUAAAGUGGAGGAGUUGACGGAUGCUUUAGAGAAGGUCAGAGUUGGAGGAGAGCGAGAGCAGAAGAUCCCGAGCUCCACAGAGGUGUACAAGAUGAAGAAAGAUCUGAUGGAGAUCAAAAAGUGGUGUGAAAAGACGGAGGGGAAAAUAAAUUACAUACAGCACAGAGAUGGAGCUGUGUGAGACCAAAUAAACACACACACACACACACACACUCUUUGUGAGUAACAGAAUAUGUCUAUAAAAAGAGGAAUGAGAUUAUUUCCUGUUGGUCAGUGCUGUGAAAUGUCCAGCUCUGUGGGACGGUAAGAGACAGGAAGGAGAAGUGGCCUCUCUUUCCCCUGUCCCCUCCUCCUCCCCCCGUCCCCCAGGGUGCUGGUGAGGUGAAGAAGGAUCCCAGUCCUGAUCAGCUUGUGUUUUGUGAAACAGUUUAAUGUCCAUGUGUCUGCUGUAGACGUCUUUAAUCUGGUCUUUGAUUGGAAUGAUGCUUUUUUCUCCUGGUUCUUAUCAUUAGUUACUGAAGUGGAGCACAAUGUUAAAGAUCUGCUGAAACUUUCACACCAGUAAUAAGAUGAUGAAUAAGAAGAUGCUGAAGAACAAAGCUUCCAACAUCAUGCUGCAGAAUGCUGCAGAUUUUUUCAGUCAUUUAUUGCGAGUGUUGAUUGUGUCACUGCUCCUGCAGGUCUGUGCUCCAGUUUCAGCUGAAAGUCCAAACUUUUCUCUCAAAGGCUUCUGUCAUGUGAUUUUACUGCAAUCUUUUUUCCAUUGAUUUGAUGAAACUAAUCCAUAUUGUGGAGGUACUGAAGAUGUUUUGAAGCUGGAAGGAAAGUGCAGGGGAUAAUAGAGAAGUGAUUUGGUGCUUUUCUUGUUGACUGAAUAAAGAUCUAGACAUAAGAAGGAAAUAAAUGAACAGAUUCAGUGGUUGAUGAUCCGUGCCAUCAGACUAACUCUUGUCAAGAUUAAACUCUGCAGGAUUCCUGAAGUUUCUCCUACCAGAUUUACUCUGAUCUUUCUUUCAUCAGCAACACAAUUCACUUCAUCUCUUCUGACUGGAUUUGAUUCAGAAAUAAAAGACUAAAGCUUUUCUGGAUUUUCGGUUACAGAAACAUUUCUGUGGGGUUAAAAUCUUUCUGCUGCAUGUUUUUAUAUUAAAGGACAGUGCCACUGUUUUAUAUCUUAUACAGUAACACAAAUAUCUACACAAAUAUCUACAAAACAUAUACAACAUUUAUAUACACACAGUUACAGCUACAUAUAUCACUUACUCUGUGUGUUUCUAAAGCCAGAAAAAAUAAAAGUAGUUUAGAUCA